AUUUGCUCAAGGAAAAAAAGCACUAGCCCUACAUUAGGUCGGGCUGCAGAAAUUGUAUGUGUACGCCUGCGCCCUUGACAUGCUGCUGUCUCGCUGCUUUAUAACAGCUGCACUUGAAAGUGACGCUGGAUACCAACGCUGACGAACCGAAUAACAUGAAUUCUUAACACAACGCGUAAAUCUACACAGUAUCCUUCGGGGAGUCUAUUCAUACAAGGAUAUCGGCUGGCCGUGAGUACAGUAUACACGUCAUGUGUCGCGCGAGCCGAAUCACUUGAAGUUCGUUGAAGAUUAUUUCAUUUUCUUAUUCGGCAUAUGGAGACUGCUCUAGAUAGCUCACAGUCUUUGAGAUGAUCCAUUUCUGCAAUGGCGAGGGGUCUGUUUUCACGGGCCUGGCUGUCAAAGACUUACCACUUUCAGGCUCGUCUGUCCUACACUCGAGUGAAGUAUCUCUUUCUCACGUGGCUUGCUGUAUUUGUGGGUAGUUGGGUUGUGUACGUGCAAUACUCUACUUACACUGAGCUGUGCAGAGGACGAGAGUGCAAGAGCAUCAUUUGUGACAAAUACACCAAAGGUAUUAUUGAUGGCUCUGCCUGUAGCAGCCUGUGUGAAGAAAGCUCACUUUACUUUGGAAGGUGCCUCUCCACCAAGCCAAACAAUCAGGUCUAUACAGGCAGCUGGGGUGAUCUGGACGGCAUCAUUAAGUGUCAGCUGAGUGACGUCCUGCACUAUGAGCUGGGAGAGGAACUGGAGCCAAAGAAAGAGAUCGCACUCUUUGACAAACCCACUCGAGGAACCUCUGUAGAGAAAUUCAAAGAGAUGGUUGCCAGUCAUUUGAAGGCAAAAGUUGGAGAGCAAGCCAACCUCUCCAGUUUGGUAAGCCUGAUCCUUACAGUGGCGGACAGCAAUAAAGAUGGCCUCAUCUCUCUCCCCGAGGCCAAGUCUGUUUGGGCUUUGCUGCAGCUCAACGAGGUUCUGCUGGCAGUGGUGCUCCAAGACCGAGAGCACACACCUAGACUGUUGGGCUUCUGCGGGGACCUGUACGUGGUGGAGCGGGUGCCUCACGCCCCCCUGUACGGCCUCAGUCUGCCGUGGCCCAUGGAACUAUGGAUCCCUACGGGCAUGCGGCGAAGCAUGGACCAGUGGUUCACGCCUUCCUGGCCCCGCAAGGCCAAAAUCUUUAUCGGCUUGCUGGAACUUGUAGAAGACAUCUUCCACGGUACCUUUGGAAGCUUCUUAAUGUGCGACAUGAGAGCCAGUACUUUCGGUUACAACGAUCGACACGACCUCAGGCUGGUGGAUGGGCGGCGUGUAGUUGCUGAGGAGGCCUUCAAACAGGCCAUGAUCCUUCAGCGCUGCGAGGACGAUGAGGACUGCGUGUACGGCGUGGACUGUAGGACUUCAUGCGACCGCGCAGAACACCGAUGCAUGGCCGAGGUGACUCAGCCCAACCUGGCCAGGGCCUGCGGAGCAAUGAAGGAUUACCUCCUGCGAGGAGCUCCGUACCAUAUACAGGAAGAGCUGGAGAAGCAGCUGUACGCCUGCAUGGCUCUCAAAGGUUCAGCCGAGCAGAUGGAGAUGGAGCACUCGCUCAUUCUCAACAACCUCAAGACCCUGCUGUGGAAACAGAUCUCGCACACCAAUGACUCCUGAAGGAAAAAGAAGACGCGCUGGCGACUACGUUCGUUUCUUGAAUGUCUUCUCAGGCCAUUGUGAAUCUGGCUGGAGAUCACAAAAGUGACUGGAAAAAAAUGCUGAUGGCAAUAUUCAGUGCUGCUUUGGUAUUAAAGUGUUCUUUAGAAGGGGGUAGAAUUAAAUCCGAGAGGACUUUUUUCUCAGGCUCAACUUCAGAGUAACGUUCACGUCUGUCUCGUGUUUAUGUCGUCAUGCUUUGUCAUACAUGAUUGAUCAGUGAUCAUCUUAAAUUCACAAUUCCUUCAGAUGUUAUGAAGGAGCAAAUGAUGCUAACUUUACAUCCAUUGUUGGAUGUUAACAAAAAAAAUUAAGGAAUGCACUCACCACCGACUGUGGUUGUGUGUCAUGUAUUGUAAUGUUUGUCACAUUAGCACAGCAAAAAGUGUCAUAAGAGCCAUUUUGAAAUGGACAGAGUCCAAUGCCUUGAUGUGCAUGUUGCCAGUGAGUGUGUGUGUGUUUUAUUUCUUAAUUCGCAAUAAGGUUCAAUUUGAUAACAUUAGCUAACAUGAACUAAUAUUUCUAAUUCAUUUAUUUACCUAGGUUUAUGUUAAGUUAUAAAUAUACUAACAUUUCUAACAUUUUAAGUUACACAAAUUACCAUUGAGCAGUAUUUAUAAAUUAAAAUGAACCUAGAGUAAUAUGAUGUAAAUGAACUUUAUUGUAAAGCGUUACCGAUCUAAAUGUUUACAAGGGGUUUCGUGAAACAUGCUAAAGGAAGGAAGCCUCUCAACUAUGAAAUUUCACAGCAGUGAUCAUUAUAUCUCUAAUCAUUUUUUUUUUAGUUUGUUGGGUUUGUGGAGUUAUACUCCUAAGGCAUGUCUAGUGAAAAUCAUCUUGAUAUGGUAAAAAUGAGAUUUUAAUCUAAAACAGUGUGAAAUGUCAAUCAUCAGUCAUGAUUCUUAAUGUACUAAUGAAUGAUGAGAUAAAAAGUGCUUUGUUUUUUCAUCAACCAUUUUUCAGUGGGAUGUUUCAGAUUGUUCGUUGUCAGACUGCUUCAAUUUUGUGUAUUUAUCACACUGCUGCUGAUAAAAGAGUUAAAUGGAGAUUUUUAUAAGAUUUGAUUGCAUGACUUUGCACAUUAAAAGUGUUUCAAAUU